AUGGACCGAUUUUACAACGUCAUGCGCUACGGCGAGCCAGCAGAUUUUUGGCUGCGAGUAGACCCAGGCAUUUUUGUUUAUCCCAAUUCCGGCGAUGGAAAUGUGAUUUGCUUCCCGUGCAGUGGGGGAGCCCGGCGCCACUUCGGUGGAACUGAAACGAAGCACAGAAGAUCCGAUCUCACGCAGGAAGGAGCAGAUCGCAGAGCCUCAAGGUUUGAGUGGAGCCAGCCUCCUUGGCGCUUCUGGCCUGGAUUCCUUGCCAGAGCCACCGUGAUCAUGGAGAAGGCACUGCGAUCCCUGAGGCAGCUCUCCGCGGGCCUUGGGACGGAGCCCGCCGUCUUCCAGGCCGCCGCACGGGUCCCGGCCCUGGACGAUGUGGGGAUGGAGGCGAAGAGCUGCAAAGAGGAGGGCUCCGACAGUGAGUCCGAGGCGGAGUUCGAGCCGGUGGAUCCUAAUGAGCAGAGCGAGCUCUACACCUGGGGCCGGGCCACCAACUACCAGCUGGGCUAUGGGGCGGGCACCGAACAACAGAUCCCGAAGCUGGUGCAGCUCCCCAGUGCCAAGCUGGUGACGCAUUUGUCCUGCGGCCGCUUCCACAGCACUGCAGUGACUGCGUGCGGCCGCGUCUUCACGUGGGGUGUCGGUGGCGCCAGUGGAAGACUUGGCUUGGAGCUAUCCAAGAAGACUGAGGCGGUGGUGGUGGAGCCGAUGGCCUUGCCCCAGUUCGGGCCCGGUCGGCAUCAUGCGACCAAAGCUGUGGCCGGUUUGAACCACACUUUGGCCCUCACCAGCGCCGGGAAGCUGCUCGUGUGGGGUGCCAACGACAAGGGCCAGCUCGGUUGUGGCCAGCCAGGGGAGACUGCGUUGCAGCCAGUGGUGAUGAAGGUGGGGCCCUUUCAGAAACUCCGUGUCAGUGACAUUGCUGCUGGAGCUGCGCACUCCCUCUGCAUCGCGGGGGAAGGCAGCGUGUAUGCCUGGGGCUGCAACGGCCGGGGAGCUUUGGGUUUGGGAGCUCCUCCUUCGGGGCCCCUGCAGGUUGCGCAGCCUCAAAGCCUACCGCACCUGAAAGCUGCAACAUGUGUCGACACGAAUUCCGGGGGGACCAUAAGUGUGUGCCUGGUUGGCUCACACGGUGAUGCCAUCAUGUUCGGCGGCUCUCCAAUAGCAGCAGCGGCAGGUGACAGCCGCAACCCCGUCGACAAUCGCUUCUUCACCCCCGGACGCGUCCGUCGCAAAGACCCGGAACUCACGGAGAUGAGCGGAAACGACGACUGGCAGCUUCAGCGCGGGACGCAGCUGAGUCCUUUGAGAGCGAUCUCGGUGAGUGACAGCGAAUGCUUCGGUAUCGAUUCAGACGGCCUUUUGUGGGUCUGGCCGACGACAUGCCGGCCCGUCACGGCCGACCUCGUGGCGCUGAAUCUUACCAAGGCGGUGCCGCCUUCGAGGCUGCCCAGUGCGCCUGAGGUACGGGAUUCCGGUGAGUUCGUGAUGAUCGAGACGGAUGGGCUGUUGGAGGAACCUGAAAGAAUCCCGCCCUCUGCUCUUUACACGGAUCUGACAGACCGGCCGCGUGAGAUCGAGAUUGCGGGAGUGCACGCGAUCGGACAUGCAAUGAAAGCAGGGACGAUGUGGGCCGUGGAUGAUUCGGAUGCCCGCCACCUCUGGCAAUUGAAGCGCCCUUCCAAGCCUGACGGCGACUGGGCCGCUGAACGCUUUGAGCACCUGGCGCAGGUUUCCUGUUUCGCAUGUGGCCCUGAGCAUCAGGCAGCAGUUGUGAAGUACACCAUGCCCUGCUUCGACGAAGCAUCCCAGGCGGCUGAAGGAGCACAGGCCGUGGUCAAACCUAAAUCCAACGUCCUGUCCUUGCAGCAGCUAUGCGAGAACAAGCUAUGUGCAAAGCUGAGCCCACGCUCUUUCGGUCUUGUCUGCGACAUCGCUUGGGAGCUGAACCGUCCGACGCUACUGGACCGUGCAUUCCGUUUCCUCUGCGCGAAUGCGCCGUUGAUGUUCUCAAGGCUCCACUUGCCCAUGCUCUCCCAGAAGGGGCGAUGGUCCACUGCCGCCUCAGAGGUGCUGUCUUUGUUGGCCGUGUCCCUGCCCGGGACAGCCGGAGGCCAGGGCCCCACAGCAGAGCGAUUGGGCUUGGACUUCUCUGCCACGGAGGUUCAGAGCCUGCAGGAAGAGCAGCUAGAGGCCGAGACCAAGAAGAAGAAAAAGGCCUCUGCAGGCACCUCCCCGGCGCUACCGCAGAAAUCCUCACCGGUCUCCUCCAAAGCCUCACCGAAGUCUGCAGCCGUGUCGCCUUACGUGCAGCCGGAGAGGAGCAGCCCAAGCAUCGAGGUACAGGACUGGGUGGAGGUUCGGAGCAAGCCGCGCAAGGGCAGCCAGGAGCUGCCCUCGCAGAGCCCAAAGGCCAAGCCCGUGGAAUCCCCGCUCCUCGCGGAAGGCACCCGUGAAGCCGAGCCUCCCUUCGGAGGAAGGGAGUUCGGCGAGGAGGUCUCUAUGGGGCCUUCGCCCAUGCUCGUCUCUGCGGUGUCCGCGGUGGAGUGCAAGGAGAGGGGCCCGGGCCAGGGCUGGGGAACUCAGGGACCUCAGGCGGCCAAGGCUUCCGUGCCCUUGCCGGAGAUCAUCGAGGAGGAAGCCCGGGCCAAGAGCAAGGUGAAGGCCUCCCAGCGGAGUGCCAAGCAGGCCAAGAUCACGACCUGCUCCUGGGGGCGUGAUGCCAUCCCAUCGGAGCAGCCGAGGAACCAAUCCAUCGACCAAAUCCAGGAGGAGGAAGAACACAUCCGCCAGCAAGACGAAAUCGCGGAGAUUGAGGCAAUGUUCGCCGCUUUGGAGGUCGCCGAGAUACAGGAAGCACUGGAGCGUGAAGGUGCGAGCAGCGGCAACGGCGAGCGGAAGGCUUCUACUGCCAAGGCGCGCGGCGGCAUAGCCCCUGCCGCCGGCAAGGCCUCCGAGGCUGCAAAAUCCCGCGCCGGGGAGGGCCGAAAUCAGCGGAGGAGUGGUCGCAAUGGCUACAAGUCCGACUGGUGGUCGCAGGAUUGGACAGGCAGCAGCUGGAAUUCUGGCUGGUGGGAGUCUGGAAAGCAGACGCACUGGCAGAGGAGGGAGGCCCCUGAGGACAGAGCUGACACAGCGGAGGGCUCCCAUGCUUAG